AUGUGGUUCUACUACUUCAUCUGUCUAUCAGUGGUGCUCAGUUUCCAUGAUGGAGUCGUCGAUGCCGGUCUAUCGUUGUUCAGUAAAAAAAAUGAACCUAAUGCACAGAAGUGCGAAGAUUCAAAAACUUUCGACUGCACGUCCCUGACUCCUUCUCGCUGCUUUAAUGGUAUAUUCCCGGAAGAAAUGAUCAGAACGUGCCCGAAAACAUGUAAUGUAUGCAAAGAACUGGGUCUAGUCGAAUGA